CAUCAGGGAUUUGUCAGAUUUCUCGGUAACGUCCGCUAGGCUUUCCCUAUCCUAGCUGUACUUACCAAAUUCCGAGCUUUUCUUUUCUUCCCAAUUACUCUUCCCACCACAUAUAAAUACACGCACACGGCACACCAAUCACCAGAGUCUGCCUCUCCGCGUUUUCUUCAAACGCAGAUUAAAAUUUUCUUCGAAUCGCUUCGGUGUCGUUUCCAAGCAAAGGGGCUUUGGAAUCUGAUUCUCGUUCUUCGGCAGCCAUGGAUAAACAGGUGGAGAAAAUGCAGCUCCGUCAGAAUUACCGGAAUCUCUGGCACUCCGAUCUCCUCGGCACCAUCCAAGCGGACGCGCCUUAUUGUUGCUUUGCAUUAUUUUGUGGUCCCUGUGCUUCUUACCUGCUGCGUAAACGGGCUCUUUAUAAUGAUAUGUCAAGGUACACAUGCUGUGCUGGCUAUAUGCCAUGCAGUGGCAGGUGUGGAGAAACAAAGUGCCCUGAAUUGUGUCUUUGCACUGAGGUUUUCUGUUGCUUUGGAAAUUCAGUUGCCUCAACACGCUUUCUGUUGCAAGAUGAGUUCAAUAUACAGACAACGCAAUGUGAUAACUGCAUUAUUGGAUUCAUGUUCUGCCUCCAACAACUUGCUUGUAUAUUCUCCAUAGUAGCUUGCAUAGUUGGAAGUAGUGAACUUCAAGAGGCUUCACAAUUGUUGAACUGUUUGUCUGAUAUGGUUUAUUGCUCGGUUUGUGCAUGUAUGCAGACGCAGCACAAGAUUGAAAUGGAUAAAAGAGAUGGCAAGUUUGGACAACAACCAAUGGCAAUACCAGCAGUCCAGCAGAUGUCACGUUUCAAUCAGGCAACUCCUCCACCAGUUGGAUAUCCAUCCCAACAAGCAUAUGGACAGCCCUAUGGCUACCCCCCACCCAAUCAAGCUCAAGGUUACCCUCCUGCCGGUUAUCCUCCGCCCGCAUAUCCACCUCCCAACUAUCCCAGGUGAUUUGGGUCGAUGAUGGAGCUUUCUCCUGAAUAUAUAUCUGUACAUGGAUAUGUUUCAACUUCAACCCAGGCUUUUGGUUUUGCUCAUCUGGUUUUCAAUAAUGGUCUUGAUACAAUGAUAAUUGAUAAACAUCAGGUGCUUUAAUUUGUUAUGAAUCAACAUAUAUGGACAUAUUCUCAGCUUUAAGCUUCAGCUCCUUAAUCUGUUGUUCAGAUAAGGUCUGAUUUUUUAUUUUUUUUAUAAACAGUUUCGGAUGUGUAUUCGGGAUAAUCCUUAAAUUGUUUUUCUUUUUAGUUAUUGAGGUUUCCAUUCUCGGUGGACUUUGCCCGCUGGGAGUGCGCUAGUGACAACCACUUUGGCACGGAUCUCUUCCUAAGCUAUGGCUUCUAUGUUUUGGAAAGGUCGCCAUUCAUCGCCAUGGCCUAAUUCAAAUCCUUGGUGGUUUUUGCAGAAAAUGAAUCUGCAUUAAAGUGACAUGUAGAGAAGGAAGCCUACCAGGGUUAGGUGGGAAUUUUUCUUUUUCUUUUUCUUUUAUUUUUUCAGUACCCGAGUUUCUUUGCUAAUUAAACUUGAUAUCCCAGUUUGAUGAUUAAUUGAUUAUUACGUGAUCCAAUUCCGUCCAA